AUGUCUGCCCUGGGUGAAGAAGUGCAAGUGGCUCAGGCUGAACUUUCAAAAUCAUUCUAUGCCAAAGAAGCUGAAGCCAAUGCCAGGGAAUGGAGGAAAAAGGCUUUGCUUGUGCUCAUCAACCAUUUCCUUCAAGAAGCAGGAUUGACAGAGAGUGCAGCAUUACUUCAACAAGAAGCAAGAAGCACCAUUGAAAACUUCAGUGCCUGUGACAAUGUGGAUCUGGAGACCAUUUUGACAGACUAUGAAAUCUUUUACCAUCACAAAUUCCGCAAGAAGGUCAAGCUAAUCAGAUACAUUCCAGAAAAUGGAGUAGUUGCGACAUCUGGUGGCAAUAAGGUUAUGAAUGGAAUGGCAAAGGCAGCAAGGAUGAGAAGCAGAUACCUUCUACAACAACCCUACCUUAGACGUUUCGUUCAAGACAGGGAAGCUAUUGUUUAUCCAAGGAGGUUUCCAGAGGUCUUUGUUCAAGGGUUUGAGCCUUGGAAGGGACUCUUACUCCAUGGACCACCUGGGACUGGAAAAACGUUGCUGGCCAAAGCUGUUGCCUCAGAGUCAGGGUUGCCAUUCUUCAAUGUCACUGCCUCAACUGUGAUCAGCAAGUGGAGAGGAGAGUCUGAAAAAGCAAUUAAGGUAUUAUUUGACAUGGCCAGGAAAAAGGCGCCUUCAAUAAUUUUCAUUGAUGAAUUGGACGCCUUGGGAAGCCGCAGAACAGAACAUGACCACGAUGCUUCCAGAAGAACAAAAACUGAGCUUUUGGUGCAGCUGGACGGUUUGACGACCCACUCAAAUAAGUCCAAGUACCAAAAUUCCACCGAAUUUGGCAACCCUUUUGACACCCACAUUUUUGUCCUUGCUGCUACAAACAUGGCCUGGGAUGUUGAUCCUGCUCUUCUGAGACGUUUGGAAAAACACGUUUUGAUAAAACUCCCGAAUUCUGAAGAAAGGGAGGUUCUGUUCAGAAAAUUCCUCUCAUCAGGACCCAGCAAACAAUGCCCUUCAAAAAAGGACUGGCGCAGAGUUUCCCAGGACUUCGACUUCAAAUCAGUCGCAAAGGCCACUGAAGGGUUCACUGGAAGCGACAUCUACUCACUUUGCAAAGAAGCCGUGAUGGCAUCAGUUCGCGCGGCGGCCGCUAGUCUACCCUCGCAACCUCGCUGUGAAAAUAAGUUGGAACAAAAACUGUUGCCAGUGACAACAUCAGCAAUCAUGACAGCAAUCAGAGAAAUGCAAGCAGCAACUUCUGCCAUGCAGAAGAAGAAACUGGGUUCUGGUGGAAGACCAAAAGUUAAUGGACUGGUUUGUCGAAUUAAUCAGCAAUUAGGGUCUGAUGGCAGCAGCAGUGUUGAUGAUGAUGAUGAUGAUGAUUGUCAGAUUUUGAAGUAA